UUCUUUACUGCCUUUGAUCAAAUUUGAGGCUCUUCGGAGGUGCAGAAAGACAAGCGAAAGUUGCUCUACUUUCUGCGAGUGGUUUUUAUCAAGCGUACCCGCUUGUUCGCUGCAUUGACGUCCAUCUUUCUUCACUCAUCUGGAGAUUCUGUAAUUAAUGGCUUUGUCUCGGAGCUUCUCAAACAAGUACGUCCCGAUAAUUCACUCUACUUAAUUGAAUUUUGAUGCGAGUACGCGUAUUCAGAAUUUCUUCAUGGCGUCUUCUGUCAACGGAGUUGCGCCUUUAUCAGAGGUUCAGAAUUCAGUUUCUGCGAUAGAUUCCGAUCCUCCUUCAACAUUUUGGAUUCCUCGGCCGUCCCGGCCUCCUCUAAGAACUUCCAGAAAUCACGGGGUUUCUUCUGCAUCCUAUUUUACUGGCCAUGAUGACUAUGCAACGAUGCCCAUCAACCGUCAUAGAAGCUGUGUAAUUAAUCGAAGGCAUUCUUAUCUAGAGCCCAACAUUGUGCAGCACGGAGAGUUACCAAAUGCGUCAGAGCUGUAUUACAACUAUGGUGGAGAAUCUGGCUGUUUAAGCCUCCCUGAAACUGGAGAAAGUUGUUUCGGGAAGAACAUCUGUACCAUUGAACCAUUCGAUACUUCCACCAAUUGUGAUUCAAGUAGCAGCGUAUUAGAAUUUGUAGGUCCAUCAAGAGGGGUUGAUUCAGUCAAGAGUUACUGUCAUCCAGGGGUUACUUUUUGUCCAAGUCCUCAGACUAGCUUCUAUUCUGCCACUUUCUAUUCCGAAGCCAAGCAAAGUUUUUCUAAUACUGAAAUCAGUGAAGGUGUUAGUGUUGAUAAGUCAAGUGAGAUUGGUGGAGUUACUAACUCCUAUUAUUGUAACGAGAGCAGGAAGACCAGCAUCUGUAGAGGGAGUAGUGUGAGUGAAGUUAGUGAUGAGAGCAGCAACUGUACUUCAAACAGCUCUUUGUAUAGACCCCACAAGGCAAACGAUGUAAGAUGGGAAGCAAUUCAAGCGAUCCGAGCACGCGAUGUGAUCUUGGAAAUGAGACAUUUCAGGGUGUUGAAGACAUUGGGACGUGGAGACAUAGGAAAAGUUCAUCUUGUGGAGUUGACUGGCACAGGAACUUAUUUUGCCAUGAAAAUUAUGAAUAAAGAAGAGCUAGCAAGUCGCAAGAAGCUUCUGAGGGUUCAGACAGAGAGAGAGAUAUUGCAGUCUUUGGAUCAUCCAUUUCUGCCCACAUUAUAUGCGCACUUUGAGACAGAGAUAUUCUCUUGCUUGGUAAUGGAGUUCUGCCCCGGUGGGGACCUGCAUGCACUCAGGCAAAGACAACCCGGGAAAUAUUUCUCAGAGCAUGCUGCCAGGUUCUACGUGGCAGAGGUUCUUCUUGCUUUGGAGUACUUGCACAUGAUGGGGAUCAUCUACCGAGACCUUAAACCUGAGAAUGUCUUGGUGAGAGAAGAUGGUCACAUAAUGCUGUCAGAUUUCGACCUCUCUCUGAGGUGCACUGUCAGUCCAACUCUAGUAAGAUCAUCAUACUCUUGCAUGGAGACAAAAGCCUCAAGACACUGUGCUCCACCUGCGUGCAUUCAACCAACAUGUGUCAUGCAGCCAGAUUGCAUCAGACCUGCAUGUUUCACACCUAGAGUCCGAUCUGGAAAGCCCAAGAAAGACAAGGAGUUGAAAACCAGAAAUGAAAUGCAUCAUCCAGUGGCCUCUCUUCCUGAGCUCAUUGCAGAGCCAACAAAUGCACGUUCAAUGUCAUUCGUGGGCACUCAUGAGUACUUGGCUCCAGAGAUUAUCAAAGGAGAAGGGCAUGGCAGUGCUGUAGACUGGUGGACCUUUGGGAUAUUCUUAUAUGAGCUUCUGUUUGGUAGAACGCCGUUCAAAGGUUCAGCAACUAGAGCAACUCUGCUCAAUGUGGUGGGUCAGCCCUUGAGAUUCCCAGAAUCACCUAGUGUCAGCUUUGCUGCUAGAGACCUGAUAAGAGGCUUGCUUGUGAAAGAGCCACAGCAUCGUCUUGCUUAUAGACGUGGAGCUACUGAAAUCAAACAACAUCCAUUCUUUCACAAUGUUAACUGGGCACUCAUUCGCUGCACUCAUCCUCCGGCGGUCCCCAGACAGGCCAUGAAAGCUCUCACAGUUGAAAAGAUGGCUGCCACUGCUUUGAAGCAUUCUUCUGGUAAAUAUUUAAAUGUUGAUUACUUUUGAACCUCAUAAUGAAACGGUGCAUUGCUGCUCCACGUUUGGGUACGUACGCAUUUGUAAAUGCCUAUAAGAAACUCUGAAUGCGUUCAAAUGAGUGACCAAGUUUCUGUUAUCUCAUCGAAAAGCUUCUGUUAA